CGAGCGGAGCUCAACCGUUGUGUAACCAGCAGCGUCCCGCCGUCGGAGGGGAGGAGUCCCGACACAAACACGCUCGCUGUGUUGUGCUGUAAAAUUCCACUUAGUAUUUAAGGUUUACAUUUGGUACACUGUCGAAAACAAACGUCGAGGUUUCAGCAGGUAGGCUACGCUUCUCUACACACAGGCUGAAACUAAUCUUCGAGUACAUGGAGCUGGAUCGGCGACUCUUGCUGGCUCACUGCGCCGCCCACACCCUGUCCGUUAUAGCUGGACUGUUGGUGGUCGUACCGCUCGCUUUAAACGGAUCCGCUUUCAAGGGAAGGUGCGCGCUGUUUAGUCAAGGCUUUUGGAGGACGGAGAACCUCUCGGUGGGCGAGGGAGAGUCCCGGACGGUCACUCAUCUGGUGGUGCAACAAUGGGGACCGUUAGCGGCGUGCCAGUUCGCCACAUUCGUCGGUGUGUUCACCGUGUUGUACGGAGCCGUUCAGGGCUGGAGGAGCCUGUUCUACCUCCAUCGGCGGCAUGACGACACGCUGUUUUCUGCCUUCCUCACGCUGCUGUUGAGUCUGUGUGUGCUCUUCCUCUCUGGAGGGGCCAGUGUUACUCUCACCCUGGGCCUGGUGUCUUGGUGCAACACUGUUACGGACCACAACACCAGACCCUUCAGCUGUGCUGAGUCACAGUCUGUUCCUCUUUAUCUGGACGUUGAGACAUCCUCUUUCUACUCUGAACUCAAUUGUGCGCAGAUCUCUCUGUGGUGUGUAACGGCUCUAUGGUUGGCUCACUCUAUUUUGUCCUUCCUGAGGCUCUAUCAUUCCCACAGUCAGCAGAUCAGUGGGCCGUGUUUAUCCAGAGAGAAGGAAUUCCUCCUGGGCCAAACUCAAGUGGAGUGUCCCAUUCAUCAUCCACAUCCACACUCACACCCUUCCCACACUCCCAGUGUUUUUAUUUAGCCACACAGUGUUCAUAGACCAGUUUUAAAGGGAACCCUGAGUAUUUAAGACUUGUAUGGCUUAAUAUAACAUAAAUAACAGCUCUUACUGAAAUACGUAUUAGAAAGCCAAUGAAAGAUUUACGUUAUUUAAAAAAUCCAAAUCGUUUUAUACAUAUUUUGUACUAUAGGGGCGCCAUUAUUUCAAAUGACGUGAAUUGGCUGCAUGCGUGAGCUACUGCUGCUACCUGUUGCUAUUUUUACUCUGCUUUUGGUUGUACAUUUCAAGCGAAUGGCAACAAGAAGUGAUGUAAGUCUUCACUGCUUUCCUGGCGAUAAGAAAAGGAGAAAAGAAUGGGAAGAUGCCUUUGGACGAAUACCCAGGGUUCCCUUUAAGAUGGAACAAGAAGACUGGUCAAGAUUAACGUAAAAGGGAAUUGACUUCUAAUCUAAACAGACAAUCCCCACAAUUCCCACGCAUGUUACACAAAGAAUAACCUCAGUAAUCAGAAUUAGCCUGGGUUUUAUCUCUUUUUGUGCAUUUGUUGAUAAGUUUUUGUCAUGUAGCUUAGUGCUUACAUUGAGGUAAAAUGUUUCUCAAAUAUAUGAUAUAUUGCACUAUUAAUGCAUUGCUCUUGCAUGUGCAAGAUAUUGUCUAACUUUAUAUGUUCAGCCAUAUAAUGUGAAGUUUAAGUGAAUGGGAAGGAAAGACUAGCCCGUUGCAUGUGCUCAAGUCUGACCCAUGCUUGUUUCGUACUGUGAAUACUGAAUGGUACUGGCACUCAAACCUGACGUUCUCUUUCAAAUCCAGUGAAGGUUUCUUAUAUGAAGCUGGUUGUGUUGAUGCAACCUCCUGGUUCAAAAUCCACUUUUGCUGGGUUGCAUUGCUUAAUUGAUGUGAUGGAAAUUCAGAGACAAGGAGAAGCUGGAAAAACAUGAGACGGAAUGUCAAGAAUGUUGCUCAUCCUUUUUGAAUCCUGAACCUUUGACCUGGAGGAUUGUUGUGAAACGCAAACAGUUGAAUAAGAAGCAGGAGGGAGAUGAGAGAGAAAUGUUCAUUUAUGGUUUGGAAAUGUGAUGAUGCUUGUGUUUUAUACCGCUGUUUGUAUCCAUUAUGUCCUAUUUAUAAGCCCUUUUCACUUGAGUAAAGGUAAUAGAACAUGGUGUCUUGAUAUUAA